AUGGGUAGUAGAUCGGAGGAUGUAGGAACAGCCGAUAGAGGAAGCUCCAGAGUUGAGCAAGAUGAUGUACUCAUGGAUGAUGACUCUGAUUCAUCAGAAUAUGUAGAUAUGUGGAUUGAUUUGUUCCUUGGGAGAAAAGGACAUGAAUAUUUCUGUGAUGUUGAUCCUGAAUACAUUACAGAUCGUUUUAAUUUGAUGAAUUUGCAAAAGACGGUAUCUAAAUUUUCUUAUGUGGUUCAAUAUAUUGUGGAUGAUUUGGAUGAUAGUAUCCUAGAGAACAUGACUCAUGCCCGUUUAGAACAGCUAGAAUCAGAUUCUCGCAAAUUGUAUGGCCUCAUCCAUGCCCGUUAUAUCAUAACUAUUAAAGGUUUGCAGAAAAUGUAUGCUAAGUAUAAAGAGGCUGAUUUUGGAAGGUGCCCUCGUGUAUACUGUAACCUACAACCGUUGCUACCUGUUGGUUUGCAUGACGUUCCAGGUAUUGAUUGUGUUAAAUUAUAUUGUCCAUCUUGUGAAGACCUUUAUAUACCAAAAUCCUCGAGACAUAGUUCCAUUGAUGGUGCAUACUUCGGAACAAGUUUCCCAGGUAUGUUUCUGCAAGCAUUCCCAGACAUGGUGCCCAAACAUCCAACUAAAAGAUACGUUCCAAAGAUUUUCGGAUUUGAACUACAUAAACAGGCUCAACUGACGAGGUGGCAGGAACUACAGCGACUCAAGUUAGUCAAAAAGCUUGAAUCCAAAGAGGUGGAUUUGACAAAGAGUGGUGGCUUCAAAACCUAA